AUGGCAACGACUCAAUCACACGCCGCAGAUCUUACUUCAGAGGAGCAACCUGCUAGUCUGGAAAUCAUGAAGGAGCAGCCUGUUCCGGCAAACAACGAGACAUCAGCGUCUUUUAAGUCCUCCCAGGAAUCUGCAGUUGUAGUUCAUCCAGCAAAAGUUGCUCCACUAUCUGGACCUUAUGGUUUAGCAGGUGAUUUUGCAGGACACUUACCUAGCAGCAUCCUCUCUCCUCAAGCUCAAGGCUUUUACUAUAGAGGUUAUGAAAACCCCACAGGCGAAUGGGACGAAUAUUCUUCGUAUGUCAACGUUGAAGGAUUGGACAUCCCAUCUCCUGUUGGCUUCAAUGAGAAUGCUUCUCUGGUCUACCAAACGGGAUAUGGAUACAACCCUCAAAUGCCAUAUGGACCAUAUUCCCCGGCUGCAAGUCCCUUACCUUCCGAGGGGCAAUUGUAUUCGCCACAACAGUUUCCAUUUUCGGGGGCUUCACCAUAUUACCAGCAGGUAGUUCCUCCUAGCAUGCAAUAUAUUACUUCUCCAACUCAGCCCGAGCUCACCAGCCUUGUCGGUGUUGACCAACAAGGUGAUAACAUUGGACCACGCCCAUCCUACCAUCCUCACCCUAUUGGACCUUUUAAUGGAAACCAGCCAAACCUUGGUUUUCCUGAGUGGCAGCAAGGUUUUGACGGGGGAAUAUGGUCGGAUUGGUCCAAGCCUUCUGAUAUGCACAGACAUUCUUCUUCUAUUUCACCGGCUUUAUCUCCUCAGCAUCUCGGCUCAUUUGGAUCAUUUGGCCAGAACAUGCCCAUGGGGGGACAGCGACAGAGAUCGUUUUACGGUUUUGGAUCUGGCUCGAACUCUUAUAACAGAGGUUAUAUGCAUAGUGGUGGUCGUGGACAAGGGUCUAACUAUGGAAGUAGACUAAUUUCUAAUGUGGGUAUGGGAAACCAUAGCUGGAUUGGGGUUGACAACACUCGAGGGCGUGGAAGGGUCAGUGAUCCAUCCCUGGGUGGCGGUUAUAAUGGUACUUUUGAUAUCCUCAACGAGCAAAACCGAGGACCAAGGGCUUUGAAGCCUAAAACUCAGAUAUCAGAGGAGCUUGAUUCUGCUGCUGAUUCUAAGAAAAAUAACAAAGGCUGUGCAACGGAACACGAGGAAUCCAACAACAAUUCCGACUUUGUCACCGACUACAAUGAUGCUAAGCUCUUCAUAAUCAAGUCUUACAGUGAAGACAAUGUUCACAAGAGCAUCAAAUACAAUGUAUGGGCUAGCACUCCUAAUGGCAACAAAAAGCUUGACGGUGCUUAUCGCGAGGCCAAGGAAGCGAAAGAACCGUGCCCAGUGUUUCUUCUUUUCUCUGUAAACGCGAGUUCUCAGUUCUGUGGGAUAGCGGAGAUGAUUGGACCAGUAGAUUUUGAGAAGAGCGUUGAUUAUUGGCAACAGGACAAAUGGAGUGGACAGUUCCCAGUGAAGUGGCACAUUAUCAAAGAUGUUCCAAACAGUCAGUUCCGCCACAUUAUAUUGGAGAAUAACGACAAUAAGCCCGUCACUAAUAGUCGAGACACCCAAGAAGUGAAACUGGAACAGGGCAUCGAGAUGCUCAAGAUUUUCAAGAACUACGAUGCUGACACGUCAAUCUUGGAUGAUUUUGGGUUUUACGAAGAGCGGGAGAAAAUUAUACAAGAACGGAAGGCAAGAAGACAGCCAAGCUUGCCAUCUGGAGGAGGAGUAGUAGUAGGGGAAAACGAGCAUAAACCUGCUUCAGCUGCAUUGCCCACAGACUUCAUCAAGAACAUGUCCAAAAGUUUUGCUCAGGUUGUUCGCUUGGACGAAGGCAACAAAGAAGCAAGCAAGACCAGUUCAUCUCCAGAUGCAAUUACAACAACCAUAGCCGUUUCUUCUGGUCAAUCAAACUAG